AGCUGAUUUCCUGCGCUUUUAUCCCCUUGCCUUUGAUCUCCCUCUUCGCUGCUUCGGCUCCUUUGCGGGCUUCGCGGCCGGAGUGGAUAUUUUUCCCCCCUUCUUUUUGUUUUUCCUGCCCACGACGAAGUUGCCUGGCCGGAGAAGCGCAGGAGGCUCGCUUCCCCUCGGCAGCUGACAGCUGAGGCUUGAUUGAUCAGUAUUGGGGGACCCCCCCAACCCCCAUUUCACCCUCUCCCCCCCUCCGCCUCCCCUCUCCCGGGCUCCCUUUCCGAGCCCUUCCCCACCACGCGCGGACAAAGGCGAAGCGGCCGCGGGCUGUGUGGGGUGGGGAGGGAAGGAAGGAAGGAAGGCAGGCCCGGGGCUUCCUCCAUGGCGCAGGCGGCUCCGCUCAACCUGCUGGAGCCCGGCGGCUUCCCCAUCCAGGUGGAGCACGAUCGGAAGCGGAGGCAGUUCACCGUCCGCUUGAACGGCUGCCAUGAUAAAGCUGUCCUGUUGUAUGAAUACGUAGGGAAGAGGGUGGUGGAUCUUCAACAUACAGAAGUCCCAGAUACCUACAGGGGCAGAGGAAUCGCAAAACAUCUGGCCAAGGCCGCAUUGGACUUCGUGGUGGAGGAAGAUCUGAAAGCCCACCUCACUUGUUGGUAUAUCCAGAAAUACGUCAAGGAGAACCCACUGCCACAAUACAUGGAACGUUUACAGUCUUAACACAGAACCUUGCUUGGAGAUGUCCACCAGGCCCUUCUUUUAGUGACUCAAAAGCUCUCACGGGGACACCCUCGCUUGCCUCUGCACAUGCUCAGAGGCCCUGCUUUUGGAGGAAAAAAAAAAACAAGCCAGAUGCCAUGAUUUCUCAACCAUGCUUCCAAGCCGUCCGGCUGACCGAGAAUUUUACAGUCUGCAUUUGCCUUUUUUUCUCUUUGGCAGGGAAACCCUCGGGCAAAAUCCAACCUCCUGCCAGUGGGGUGAACUUGUGGUGGUGUAGAAGGCAUGGGGGGGGUCUGGUUUCCAACGAGGGUUGAGCUAAAGCAAAUCCGCUCGGCCGGUCUUCUCCAGCAUGGAGAAAACAGAAGCCGAGUUAUCGGGGUGUCUUCGAACCCUUGGCUAGGUUGAUCGUGCGGCCACGCGGUGGAUAAACAUGGAGCCGGAUACAAGCAGUCCAAUCAACGUUGAGCUCCUGCCAUGGGAUCUCACCACCCUGCCGAAGCAUGGACAGACAUGGAGAAAUGACUUUCCACGGGGACGCUGGCUCAACUGAGGGCAACGCGUUGGGUGUUUUGGGGUGAUGGUGUGUGAAGAAGAAGCUUAGGUGGAUUCUACGGACAUUUUGAAAAAUGGGCUGGCGCUGCUAUUUAUCUCGUUUUGGGGGGCCCUCCCUUCCCUUCUCAAUCUCCCCUGGUGGGGAAGGAUUCCCGUUGCACGGAGGAAGAAGAGGAAGACGAAGAGCGAGGGGCUAAGAAGGAUGGACACCAGGAAAAGGAAGGGAAGAGUGUUGAAAAAUGAUGGACACCUCCAACCAGAAGAGAGACGUUUUCUACUCGAGCCAUUUGGGGGGGGGGGUGAAACGGAUCCAUAAUGCAGAUAGAGUAAGUGAGGUGGAAUCCUACAAGGGGGGGGGCUGAAAUGGGAGAUGCCGUUAGGAGGUGGUCUUUGAGACGAAUUGGAUCCAACUUGGCUCAAGGGAAAGAGGGAGUGAAACUAAAGAAGUCUACUCCAUGGGGGGUAGGGGGAGAAGUUUGCUUCUCUUGGAUCGAACGGCUUCAUUUCUUCAACCCUUCGCUUCUGGCGGAGGCAGCCGGGGGUCCUGGGAAGAGUGGGUCAGAAUAG